AUGAAUUGCAUGUUUACUUAUUACAAUUGUAUUUGCAAUCGUAUUUAUUUUAAUACUGCUAUUAUUCAUGUUAGCAAUGUUCUCAUAUCAAAUAAUGUUUCAACUCCUCAACAUUUCAAGAACCACAAUCAUCAAAGCAACAAUAGAGAGUUCUUGCGAUGGAGGUUUUUUGGAGGUUUUUUUGAAGAACACCAGCAAUGGAUUGAUGGUAAUGGCCAUGGUACCCAUUGUGCUGGCAUUAUUGGAUCCAAAACUUAUGGUGUUGCUAAAAAAGUGGAAUUAGUUGCUGUUGCAGUGAUGUAUGCUUUGGGUUCUGGUUUAACCUCAGAUAUUAUCAAGGGUAUUGAAUUUGUAGUUAAUAAAGAUAAAGAGAAAGUUAAAACUAAAAGAAAGGAAGGUUCUACCGUAAAUUUGUCUAUGCGUGGUGGUGCCACUGAUGCUUUGGAUCUGGCUACUAACGCUAGUUCUGACGCUGGGUUACAUAUCGCUGUUGCUGCUGGUAAUGAUGAUUUCAGCUAUGGUCCAAUCACUAUUGGUGCUUCUAAUAAUGCCGAUAACAGGGCUUAUUUCUCUAACUGGGGCCGUUGUAUCGAUAUCUUUGCUCCUGGUGUUGAUACUUAUCUACUUAUUACCUCGAUGGCUUCUCCUUAUGUUGCCGGCUUAUUAUCUUACUAUUUAUCUUUGUACCCAGAUAUCAAUUCAAAAUACGCUACCGGCGAAAAUGAUAUCAAAUAUGCUACUGAAGGUGUUAUUCAAGGUAUCACUGAUGGUGAUUCUCCCAACCUUCUUGCCUUUAAAGGUGCUCGUGGUAACUUGACUGAUUUUCGCUUAUUAUAUUUACGUUAUAAUACUAGAUUAUUAAUCAAUUAUUCAAACAAGAAGCGACCUAGUACUCUUAGUGAAAUGUUUAAUAUUAUUUUAAUAACUUUGUUAAUAUUAAAAGGGGUGAUGGGUAGCUUCAAUUGGGUUUCAGAUUUUGAGUCGUUACAAGAAGACAUAGGGAAUAAUUUCACUGACUUGAUUAACGGUGAUGUUAUCACUGUAGGAAGACAGCUCCUUAAUAAUGAGCUGAUUUAUUUUCAAGUAGCAGUGGAUGGGACUAGUCAACUAGAUAAUUAUUUAGCUAUAAAGGCCGCUCAUAGUGCAACCAUUAAACAUUUACAUGGUGUUGGUUAUGUUGAUAGUUUAUUCUUUAAAGGUAACGGUCAAUAUGUAGGAGACAACGCAACUAGAAGUAAAGCUAAACGAGAGGAUACACCCGACCCUGAAAGUUUCACUAAGAAAUCUUUACAUGUCGUAGUGAAAUAUGGACAGCAUCAGGUAGGAUCUGCUAUCACGCAAUUUAUUUCUGAUUUGGUGUCUACUCCUAUCGAAAAAUGGAUUGGAGAGCUUGUGCUGGGGGUUGGUGCAAAUUCUGAAUGUGGUUCUGCUGGUAUGUUAAUACCAAUGGGUAAAUCAUGGCAAAAUGCCAAAGCAUACGUUGCAAUAGAAACAUGCAGAACAGGUGGUAAAUCUUGUAAAACAACUGCACUGGAAGACUUAAUAAGAGCUGGUGCUUAUUGGGCUAAUAACGCAAUAGAUUCUCAUCCAAAAAGAGAUACAUAUAAAGUUGGAUUCAGUCAUAGUGGCUAUUGGCAUAUGUGCAUUCGAUAUGCAGUUAAAGACUACUAUAAAGAUUAUGAAUCGUGCAAAUCGGCAGCAAAAGAAAUGGGUUGUCCUAAAGGAUACUGUGAUAAUGGCCAGUUCGACAAAUUUGAUCAUGAUGAAUUGUAAUAACUUAGAGUAACAAUUAAUCUAAAUACUAGAUGUACGGAGGUUUUUGCCCUAACUAAAUACUAGAUGUACGGAGGUUUU